GUGAAAUAUUGUGUUCAGAAGAAAAUUUUAGUUAAAGAUGGAAGAAGAUCAAUUAGAAAACAAAAUAAGAUCGUUAUUUAUUAAAAUUGGAGCGGCACGAGUUAAUGGAAUAGUUCAUGUAUUUUGCUUCAGUAAAGAAAAACAGUGGAUUGCAUACACGAGCAAAGAUUAUAAGUUACCUUCUAAUAUUCCCUUUCACGAAGGGCAUUUCUGGAUCAACUUUCCAAAGGGAAAUCGUACCGAUCGUACAGAUGCGUGCGUUCAAAUAACUACAUAUGCAAGUGACGAAAGCAUGAAUUCAGUUGAGGAUUUUUGGAAAGGCAAUGUUCCAUAUACCAGUAAAAGUGGUCUCGUAGCAACAUUACUGACCGAUACCUUUCGCCCUACACCAGAGUUACAAAAAGGUUUCGCAUACAAUGUUAAGUUGUCAGAUACAAAGCACUUCACGAUCAGGGGCCACGAGAGAAAUAUCGAAGCUCAGUAUCGUACAAUACAGGAGAGUGUCAAAAAUCUACAAAGCUUGUGUGAACAAAGUCGUACGUCAAUUACAACCUUUCAAAAACAAUGUAGUUCUCACUACAAGGAUAUAACUUUGUCGGUAAAAAACAUGGACGAAAUGUUCGGGAAAAUAACAAAUUCAGACAUGCAGAAGUGUUUGGAACAAAUUGAAGAAGUUCAAACAUCUGCAGAAAAUCAGACACGAGCAUGGGAAAAUGGAUCAGAUGAAUUUGAACAAACGCCGACUUUAAAAGAGAACGUAGAACUUCUGAAACAGAAGUUUGAUUCCUUUGGUCGGCCAGAUAUUGUCAAAUUUGGAAUAGAUUCGGUGGAACGACACAUCGACAAAUUAAACAAGACUGUUGCAGACUUUAAAAACACUGUAUUGGUUAAAUGUGGAUUUGGAGAGGCGAAUAACUGCGUAGAAAUAUUUAGGAAUUUUGGACAUACAUUUCAAAGCAGCAUUUCAAAUCGUGAAAUAAACAGCGCGAAAGGAAAGAUUGCUCGUGUUUAUCUCGAAGAACAGUUGAUGGUAAACGAAGAAAUACCAUAUUACUGCACACAACUUCUGUUGUCAUCUCCGUUUUGUAAUGUUGAAAAAUUACAUGACCUGGUUACAUUUCUGAGUCAAGCAAUUAUACAUUUUAAACAGAUGACGGAGUUCAUACCAGAUGAAAUGAAAAUAAUGUCAUCCUUGAACACCACAUAUCAACAUUUACAGUGCCACAAAAAUUAUCCAAUUCCGCGGGACAGCAUGAUUAAGUUUCUUGAUAACAAGUCCCAACUGGGGCAACAAGGGGUUCAUUUGUUCGAACGCUGGUUUAAUAAGAUUGCAUCGAUGAAAACGGCUAUGUCAAUGCAAUCAUACACUGCAGAACAUCUACAGAGUGCUAUUAUACACGCACAAGUACUGGACCAGUUCUACAAGGCUUCUGAUAGAACAACUGUUCGUGAAAACGGCAUACACUUUCAUUUUCAGUUGCUCGAGGAUAAUGAAAAAAUGCUAAAACAUGAUGAACAACUGUAUCUUGUUAUUACUUCGAGUAUAAUCAGCCUAUGUCAGUCAAAACAAACAAAAAGCAAGACGUUUAUAUCUUUGUUACGAUUCGCUGCUAAACACUGGAAUGUAAGACGAUGGUUUGGACCAUUGAAAAGAGAAAACAAACAACAGACUUGCUUGAAAUCGUUGGCUAGUUUCUGCAAUACUACACAAUCUGCCAUAGCUAAAGCGGAGAAACAAUGUGACGAAAAAUCGGAACUUGCAGAAAAUUUAAACCAGUUAAAUACUAAAAUAGCAGCCAUGAAAACUACACUCGACGAAACGGAAGGAAAAUUUCAAGACAUGUUUUCCGAGUUAAGAAUA